UCAAUAUCCGAUAUACCAUCUUCCUCUUUUCUUCUUCUUCUCGUGUCUCAUCUUCUACAGCUUAUUGUAGGAUUACAUUCCAUUCAGUUUCCGCUGUUUGAUCGAAAAUGACCCGCAAACAAAGUCACCUCUCGAUGUUCUUACUAUAUGCUCUGGUGCUUGGAGUUGCUUUACGGACUAGCAAUGCUGGUGAUCUUAGGAAGAACUUCUACAAGAAAAGUUGCCCUCAAGCUGAGCAACUUGUGAGGGACAUCACAUGGAGCAAGGCCCGAACAAACCCUGCUCUCGGUGCAAAGCUACUCAGGAUGCACUUCCACGACUGUUUUGUUAAGGGCUGCGAUGCAUCAAUACUGCUAGAUCCGGUCGGAACGAACCAAUCCGAGAAAAAUGCUGUCCCAAACCUCACACUCGAUGGCUAUGAUGUGAUAGAUGAAAUCAAGACCCAAAUCGAGCAAAAAUGCGCCGGAGUUGUAUCCUGUGCAGACAUCCUUUCUCUGGCUGCUCGUGAUGCCGUGUCAUUCCCGUUUAAGAAGGCAAUGUGGGAUGUGCUAACGGGCAGAAGGGACGGGAAUGUGUCGCUUGCGUCCAACGUGAACGGGAACAUCCCUUCUCCUUUUUCCAAUUUCGGCACACUCGCGCAGAUAUUCUCCAAGAAAGGCCUUAACGUUAAUGAUCUCAUCGUUCUUUCAGGUGCACACACACUUGGAGUAGCCCGUUGUGGCACAUUCUCUAGGCGGUUGUACAACUUCACCGGGAAAGGCGACUCCGACCCCUCCCUGAACGCUACGUAUGCGGCUUCCCUGAGAACUCAGUGCCCUAACCCUGCGAACCUGAGCACCACCGUGGAGUUGGAUCCUCAGAGCUCAACCUCGUUUGACAGCCACUACUAUGACAUCCUCGUGCAGAAUCAGGGUCUGCUCCAGUCUGAUGCAGUGCUUCUCGCAAACAAGGCUGCAGUGAAGAUCGUGCAGGGACUGCGGUCAGCAAAUGCAUUCUUCUCCGAGUUCGGGAAGUCGAUGAAGAAGAUGGGGAACAUCGAAGUCCUCACCGGAACUGCCGGGAUGAUUAGGAAGCAAUGUAGGGUUGUAAACUCUUGAAAUAAGGAUUAACUGGUUUCCUAAUCAACUAUAAGACCUUAUUCCUAAAUCCCAAGCCAAUAAGUUUUUAACCUAUGCUUUCUCCUUUACGUGUCUUAUGUAAUGUUUUAGUUAACCGCUAAUAAUUGUCUAGUUGGCAAAAAUUAUAAUUGUUUUAUGUAAAGUGUAUACCUUUUCUUUUUCCAGUAAGACUAUUAAAUCCUCAGCAAAUGGAUCAAAAUUAAUCUUAUUCAGCGUCGGCUUA